AUGGACGGGGUGAUAAUUCAUCGCUCGGAAAAGCAACCCCCGAAAGAGCUUCAUCACGACGCCCGAGGGUUGCGGGAUUUGAAGAACGCCAAAAAGCUGAUAACUCUAAAGUUUUUGAAUGAAAAUUUGGACCUCACCGCGAUAUGUGACAUUCUGUUUUUCGACGAAUUUUUCCGGGCUCGUUUUGACGAGACGAAAAACGAAGAUGAAGCCUAUAAUCUAUUGCUAGAUCAAUAUCACUUGGAGAAUUCAAAGAGUAAUGAUUUUAUUGAAAAGCAUGCUAAGCAGCCCUGGUAUCCAGGCCGGGGAGUCUGGGAGGAUUUCAAGUUGAAGCUCCACUUUUACGGAUAUGAUUAUUCUGACGGUUUUUCUGAUCGAAAAACUUAUGGAAUGCUGAAUGAAGAGAAUACGGGAGCUGUAGUAAAUGUUUCCAAAGUGAUCCUCGGCCAGUGGAUAGGCGGGAUAUUCUUCGCGAUUUUCGGAGGCCAACAAUUAUUAAUUAUGACAACAUCAGCGCCGUUAAGUAUUUACAUACUAGUAAUUUUCAACAUCGCUACCACUAACCACUGGGAUUUCUGGCAUCUCUACGCUUGUGUUGGCAUCUGGUGUCAGAUAUUUUUGUUUCUGUAUGCUGUUUUCGAGGCUUCCGUUAUUAUGAAGCAUUCGAAAAGGUCAACAGAAGAAUUGUUUUCUCUAUUUAUCUCGACAACCUUUGUCUAUAAGGCAGUAAGCGCUAUGGUACGCGUCUACAACGAUGACGCUUGCUUGGUGAAUGUUGGGCCAUGCAACACCGCCGUAGCCCUACUAUUUGCCGGAAGUGUGAUUUUAUGCUGGAGGCUAGCUACUGCUCUUUCGGAUGCCAGAAACCUGAACCUGUUUUCGGAAGCGAUUCGCGAGACGAUAUCUGAUUAUGCACUUCCUAUUGCCGUCGUUUUGGUUGCAACGCUUACGCAAUCACUGUUUCCGGAUGUUCCUCAAGCCUCUUUUCACGCCUCCACUACCCCAGAUGCGCACUGGAUCGAAUUCUGGAGGCUACCACCGGCAGGACAUUUAGUCGCGUUUGGCCUCGGAUUCCCGCUCUCAAUCCUUUUCUUCAUGGACCAGCUCCUCGUGACAAAUACCGUUGAUAACAAGCAAAAUAACUUGAAAAAGGGCUCUUCGCAUAAUUGGGAUUUCGUGGUUGUUGCUGUCUUGAAUACAGUAUUAUCUGUUUUUGGGCUACCAUGGAUGCAUGGAGGCCUCCCUCAAUCCUUCCUCCACCUGAAAGCUCUAGCCGAUGUACGGAAAGAUAGCACAGGGCGUGAAAUCAUGCAUAAGGUCCGCGAGACACGAGUAGCUGUUUUGGCAGCUCACCUGUUAAUGGUUCCGUUUUACUACCUCCUACCUCACGUCUCCAAACUCAUGCCGAUUUCACUAUUUUAUGGCCUGUUCCUCUUCAUGGCAAUUAGCAGCCUGACUGGACACGAGUUUUUCGAGCGGAUACAGCUAUUUUUCACUCAACAGUCUCUCUACCCGAAACGAGAGUAUAUCACUAAGGUUGACCAGCGGACAAUACACAAAUUUACGCUCUGCCAAUUGGUCCAACUUGCGAUUUUGUUGGCUGUCGGAAUGACCCCAAUCGCCUACGUCCGAAUGACGUUCCCGCUUGUCAUAUUUAUGUUCAUACCUAUCCGGAACCUGGUGCUCCCCAAGAUCUUCUCCAGACGCGACCUCGAGCUGGUCGACGGCGUCCAU